GGAGAAAGGAGAGAAUAAAAACAACACUGGGGGGAAACAGAGAGAGAAGGCAGAGCGGAAAAAUAAAAGGAGGUGGAAUAAAAAGUGCAAUAACAGGAGAGACCGGAGGAGCAGGGAAGACACGCCGUGCACGUGCAGAACCGGACUUGACAAAUAUAUAUUUAAUAUUUUUUAAGAAGUCCCUGCUCUCGUGUGAAGAUUUUUGUUGUUGUUGUUGUUGUUUUUCCAUCUGCUGAUUAAAAGGAGGUGACGCCAUGACAACAGAGAUGCAGGAGAUCGCCAUCACGGAGGAGAAGCCGCUGCUCACGGGUCAGACUGAGGCCAAGGAUGCUGAAGUGGCUGCUCGGAUCCUCCUGGACCAAGGACAGGAGCACAGUAUCGAGACCCCCCACGGGGUCCUGCACGUGACCCUGCACGGCACGAGAACCACCCGCAGGCCGGCUAUCCUCACCUUCCACGAUGUGGGUCUGGACAAUAAGAGCUGCUUCUCCCCUCUCUUCAAGUUCGAGGAGAUGCAGGAGAUCGUGAAGAACUUCACCCUGAUCCACGUGGACGCUCCGGGGCAGGAGGCGGGGGCGGCCGCCUACCCGACGGGGUACCAGUAUCCCUCCAUGGACACCAUAGCAGAGAUGAUCCCUUCCGUCCUGCAGUUCUUCAACUUCCGUACCGUCAUCGGAGUGGGUGUGGGAGUGGGAGCGUUCGUCCUCUCCAAGUUCGCGCUGGCGAACCCGGACUCGGUGGAAGGUCUGGUUCUGGUCAACAUCGACACCAACGCGCGAGGAUGGAUCGACUGGGCGGCUCAGAAGCUCACCUCCGUGACGUCCUCCCUCACCGAGCAGAUCCUGUCCCACCUCUUCAGUCAGGAGGAGCUGUCAUCAAACACAGAGCUAGUGCAGUCUCACAGAGAGCGCAUCUCCAAAGCAUCGAACCUGGUCAACAUGGAGCUCUUCUGGAAGACGUACAACAGCCGCAGAGACUUGAACAUCGAACGCAACAACUCCUUCAAGUGUCCAGUGAUGUUGGUGGUGGGCGAUCAGGCUCCGUAUGAGGAAGCCGCCGUGGAGUGCAACAGCAAAAUGGACCCAACAACAACUUCCUUCCUGAAGAUGGCCGAUGCAGGUGGUCUCCCUCAGCUGACCCAGCCUGCGAAACUGACCGAGGCGUUCAAGUAUUUCAUCCAAGGAAUGGGCUACAUGGCUUCAUCUUGCAUGACUCGCCUGUCCCGCUCCCGCACCACCUCCCUCUCCUCCUCCUACUCCAUGGACGGGUCCCGCUCUCGCUCCCGCACCCUGUCCCAGGGCUCGCAGGGGGGCCAGAUGCCGCCAAGCCCCUCCCAGACCAUGGAGGUGUCCUGCUGAAGAAAGAAAAGAAGAAAGAACGAGAGAGUGAGAAAGGAGGGCGACGGGAAGGGAAAGAUGAGGUGCGCCGAUAAAUGUCGGGGAAAAAAAGGAGGAAUGGGUUACUUAUUUGUCACUAAUUAACUCAUCGACCCGUCAUUUCCCACAAGAGGCAGAAUAGGACAAGGAGGGAGGAGGCAGUCCUUCUCCUCACAUCGCCUUUCCAGCUGCAAACAAAGCGGAUCGGGCUGUUCUUUAACGAAUACGAGGAGUAAAGACGAGAAGGGGUUGAACGGUCCUCCCCCUCCCCCCCAUCCCUCUAUUGGAGCCUCUGUCAGCCAAUAGAGUCCUUUCAUUUAGACGAGGAGGCCUUUUAGGGACCGCCCACACCCUUGCUUUAGCCAAUAGGAAUAGUUCUGGAAACGCCGCUGUUGUCGUUGUCGAUGAUGACGUCGAAGUUAGCGACGAUGACAAUAGAUGAAAAAAAAAUAAAAAUACUAUAGUAGAGAUACGUAUAACAAUGUGUGUGUCUACUACUUUUAAACUAUUUUUUUUUUUAUUCCUUUCAUACGAUUUUUAUUUUCUCAUCUGAAGCUCCUGAUUGGCCGACACCGUCCCGCGGUAAGCGGCCAAUGAGAGCCGUCAUAGUGACCACUUCCUCCUUGAUGUCGUUUAUGUCUUCCAUUUGACCCGUCUAUGAGAUUUGAAUUUGUUCUUUGAAGGUGGACAGGAAGCUUUUUUUUGUUGUUUUUGUUUUUCCAAUUUGAAUCUAGACUCGGAGGUUGCAUGCCUGGGAUCAGCCCUUAUGAAUAUCGACUGGAUAUUCAUUUUCUUUUCUUUUUAUAUUUUCCGCUAAUGUAUGUUAGCUUUAGCUCUCGUUCACACCAGUCGCGCACACUAAAUAGUGCUAAUUGCGCGUCCUAAUAUCCACGCUCAACAGGGGGGGGGGGGGCAAAGUAGCACGCCGCGUGGAUAUUGAACACAAGCUCCUCCCCCCCUCCUCCCCCCCCGAGAGAAUCGUGUUGUCAUGGUGGAGUGUAAUGUGUGUGUGUGUGUGUGUGCGCGCGAGGAAGUAAAUGCUCGUAUCCUUAAAAAAGCACAAUAGACCCUGUGUAAAGGUGCCCCCCCCCCCCCCCCCCCCCCCCCCGUGGCUCAAAGACAAUGUACCAGCCCCUUCACUGCCAACACACUCAAAUAAACAUAAAAACAAAAAAAGGCCUCGCAGCCUCGGUCAUAAGAGACGACAAUAUGUCAAUAUGUUGUUGUUUAUGUUGUUGUUGUUGUCUUGAGAGUGAAAACAUGACCAGCCAACAUCUUACUGCCCCCCCCCCCCCCCCCCCCCAGAAACCAGAGAGCUGCUGCCGGUCCACACCAAGCUGCCCACUGUCCGGCCACGCGUGACCAUGUGAGCGUGAACGUUGUGUUCACAUGCAACGUGGGCAUCAGAGUUUAUUAUUGCGUUCUUCUUUUCUUUUCUUUUCUAAACGGUAUGAUUUUUAUUUUAUUUUUAUUUUUUACGUGCCUCGGAUGUGACACCGGUACUCGGGAGUUAUUAAAGAUAAUUACGUGUCCCGUCUCUAACCUAUUGCAUGUGUGAAUAAUAAGGCGACCCCGGCGCGUUGCUUGUUUCGGAUUGUGCGACGGGGUGUGUGAAUGCAUCACGUGGAGGUGUAGAAUGUAAAUGAUUAAAAUGAGGGACGAAGGGUGGAAGCUGAGGAAAGGAAAUAAGGAAUAGGAUGGGUACUUAGUGUGUCUCUUCAUGUAUUUUUCUUUCCCUUCCUGUGUUUUGGGAUUAUUAUAAUUUUUUUAAAUCUAUGUGAAGUGUUAGUUUACCGUUAGUUAACCGUGUGUGUGAUCGUUCUCGUGUAACUUUUUUAGCGUUAGAGCUGAUAAGGGAGAAUAAUAGUAUAAUAAACCAUUAAAAAAAUGAUUUAAAGGUAAAGAGAAUACAAUCAAUUUUACUUGUGUGGCUAAUUUCUCUGUGACAUCAAACUUAAAUAUUAAUAAAAAGCUUAAGAC